AUGGCUGAUCCUCUGCGGAGGACUUUACUAGCGAAACUCCGUGGGAAAAAAAACAAGAAAGGAGAAACGCUCGGCGCUGGAUUGGGCUCCACUGUUGCUGCGAAUGAGGGCCGAGAAGGUAAAGAAAAAGUUUUGCAAAUGCAGCGAGACUCCGUCGAGGCUCGCCCGGUAGUCACGCUAUCAGGCCUGGAUUACACGGCAGAGAGAAUGAGCACGUACGAGAAUUGUGUUGACGGGCCGGUGGUGCAAGCCCCGGGGGUUGAGUUGCUCCGGCUGGGUCGGUCAGAGGAGUUAGCCGGCUCAUGUCCGCCGUUGCUCAGCAGCGGGGGCAGGGUUCGGGUUAAUGGCCAGCUCCCAGGGGUCUCACUUCAAAGAGAGGUGCAGUUUGCGGGACAUGCGAUUACAGGGGCUAAUACGAGCCACUGGGAGCCAGCGUGUGAUGACACGAUCAUAAUUUCAGGAGGGGUGUCCUUUGGAGACACACAUGCCCAGAGAAAACACUUCAUCUCAGUCCCAUGGCAGUGCAGCGUCGGGGAUUCAAUUGGCUUCGGGGACAAUUCCAAUAUUUUUUAUUCUUAUGCACAAACUGUGAACUGCACUACUUCCGAUUGUGAGCCCCCGGCCCAAGGACAAUCUCAGCGUAUGUCAAGAACUGUCGCUGCCAUAAAUAUACAUAAUGCCAACAACCAAAGUUUGAAGACACCAGUGCUUACAAAUCCAGUCAAUAAGCAAACAGAAGAAACCCUCAUUAGAACAAUUGAAACCUAUGACCUUGCAUAUUCUGGCGACUUCAGGGGCCCUCUGCAGAGCCCAGCCUUCUUCCCAACUGAGCUAGAAAUAUGUGACAUUAGCUUGGCAUCCAUGUGUGAUACUAAGGUAUCACUCAAGCGUCCUUUAGACAGUGAAGAUGAGGAUUAUUAUGAUAAUGAAAUUCUGCCUCUCUAUGAAACUAGGGUAAAAAAUUCAAGUGAUAAAGGAGAUGUUGCGGCGCUGCCCCAGAUAGGUCAGGAUGAACGACAUGCUGAUGACAUGCAUACUGCUCAGGAAACAGACAGGCUUAGGAACCAGUUGAAAGAAGCAUAUUAUCUCCUGAUAAAUGCUAUGAAUGAUAUCAAUUUGGACCAGCAGGCCAGUGCUGGUUUAACUGAGCAUCAAACAACCUCUUCUUGCAGUAGCCAGUCUAGGGAUAGCUUGUGCUCAAGGUUGUCGGCCAGAAACAUGGACAGUGACUCGUGGUCCUCUGGAGGUGAACACAGCCCUCAGCAGGUAUCUGACACCGAUUCCUUGCUACUGUGCAUUGGUGAAAACAUUGAGGCUGGUCUCAAACUGAGGCUAAAAUGUAAGAGCAUGGUGAAUCUGCCUUUAGCUAAGAUAAAAUCUACUUUAGUGCGUUGUGCUAGUGACAGAGACAUCAGGUAUCCAGGAGGACCUUUACAGUGCACAAAUAUACAUAGAACCAGUCCAGUCGUGUGUGAUGAUGAAAUUGUUUCCGAACUAAAAUCAAAUGAAGACAGUGAGGAUGCAGACAUUAUUAGAGUGGGCGAGCUUUCAAAAACUCAGGUUGCCUUCAGUGACGCCAGCUGUGGGAGGCUUUCUCAAGUAACUGCUGGCAGGAACCUUGUUGAAAGCAGUGGUUCCAUCAAUAGCCUUACUGAUUCCUCAGACAGCAACCUAGAGGGAUUUUUAGUGCCUCUGGGUCAUGAUAACAAACAGCAGCCAACUGAAGUUCCAACACAGGGGACCAACACACUCAGCAAAGGCAAUGGUGUCACUGUCAACAAGAUGCAACAGUGGAUGCACAAAGGCCGCCUGUUGUCAUCUGAAAUGAAGCAACGAAUAGAAGGUUCAUCUUCAUCCUGUGGAAGGAGCCAAAGCAUUGAGCGUCCUUCUCCUGAGGCGAGUCUGAGUGGACCAGGGGUCCAAAUGUCCAGCCAAGCGGUAAAAUCCGUCAAGUCCCCUGCAAGCAAGACACCGCAGCACUCAGCUCUCAUUGAGAAUGUCCAAACUCAAGAGGCUUCCAGGGCCAUUGAGCUUUCAGCAAGGCGACCACACCUCCACAGCAUCACGGUCGCGAAGAAGCGCAACUGGCUGCAGCAGAGCACACUUGGAAAGAACCAUUGCAAUAAGGAUGAGCUGCAAGGCAUGCUGGGACCUGAGGAGGAGGGCUACUUGGGGUAUCCACAGCUACAACUGCCAUCGAGUCCUUCCUCAGAACAAAUGAGUUCAGGGGCACCAGUUUCACAUCCAUCGCACCUGAAUGUACACAAGGUGAGCGGGUUGCCUGACCACAAGAGUGUGGACCCAGCAGAGGAGAAUGAUGCUGACGAUGAAGGCGAGAUCUGGUACAACCCGAUUCCUGAGGAUGAUGAGCUCGAGGUGUCCAACAGACCCACUGUCCGGCUGCUUGCCCCCUGUCAUGCUGAGCCUCGUAGAGGACGAGAUGCGGGUCAAAACACAAGGAUUCUGGAAACUAGUGGUCCAGAGUCACUCGGAGAAAGCAGUUCAGUGGAUGGCAGUCAAGGAAAUGAUGUCCUACAUCUGCACAGACAGGUGCUUGCUUCUAAACCUCAAGAGGAGGGAGGUCCUUUCACCAGCAAAUCAAUAGAUGUUCCUGGCUUGCCAAAUAUUGUUGGAUUCUCCCCUCCUUCCAGCCCAAACCCUACUAAGAAAAGCAGUUCUAUUAAUUGGUCAUUCCCAGACAAGAUUAAGUCCCCGCGCACCGUCAGGAAAAUCUCGAUGAAGAUGAAGAAGCUUCCAGAACUAAGCAGGAAACUCAGCGUUAAGGGUCAAAGCAGUAGUAACGGCAAUGGAGGUGGUCAUUUAGAGCCCAGAUCCCAUUCACUUCGAGCCACAAGUGGAGGAUCAGAGGCCACUUCUGGAAGCUCAGGCACUCAACGAUUGGUUGUGUCUGGUGUUGGGCUUGCCAGCCGAAAUGUGAUCUCACGCUACCACUUGGACAGCAGUGUGUCCACACAGAACAGCUUCAACAAGAAGAAAAACAAUGGCAGCUCCAAAUCUGCCAGUAAAGGUGGAUACUUAAGUGAUGGUGAUUCACCAGAGCUGGUGGCUAAAUCUGCGAAGCACAGUUCUGUUGAAGGAAAGGGAAACAGAUGUAGGGAUGUUGAAGUACCUAGUGGAAGCUCAAAACUUAAUGGUACAGAUUUGGACAUUGAUGCUUUCCGACAUUAUAGUUUCACCGAGCAGCCCAAAUGUAGCCAAUACAUCUCUGGAUUGAUGAGCUUGCACUUUUACGGUGCUGAGGACCUCAAACCGCCUCGAAUCGACUCUCGUGAUGUUUACUGCGCCAUCCAAGUGGACUCAGUUAAUAAAGCACGGACUGCACUCCUUACCUGUCGAACUACCUUUUUGGGUAUGGAUCACACCUUCAACAUUGAGCUGGAGAAUGCCCAGCAUUUGAAGCUUGUAGUGUUCAGCUGGGAGCCCACUCCAAAACGAAAUCGUGUUUGUUGUCACGGCACAGUGGUCCUACCUGCACUCUUCAGGGUAAUACGUUCUCAUCAGCUAGCAGUUAAACUGGAGCCUCGCGGUUUAAUAUAUGUCAAGUUGAACCUGAUGGAGCAGUGGCAGAACUCUUUGGAUGGAGGACCAGAUGGCAACAGGGAGCCCCAGGUCUUUGGUGUGGAGGCGUGGAGGGUGGUCGAGAGGGAAGACACGGGACUUAUGGUGCCGCUGCUUAUAAGCAAAUGCAUCAACGAGAUUGAGAAACGGGGUUGCCAGGUGGUGGGACUUUACCGUCUUUGCGGUUCUGCAGCUGUAAAGAAAGAGCUACGAGAGGCAUUUGAAAGGGACAGCUAUGCUGUGGAACUAUGUGAAAACACCUAUCCUGACAUCAACGUAAUUACAGGCGUAUUGAAGGACUACCUACGAGAGCUGCCCUACCCUUUGAUCACCAAGCAGCUGUAUGAUGCAGUAUUGGACUCUAUGGCCGCCAGACCUCUGAGGAUGGGAGCAGCGGGCUGUGAGAACGACCACGCUGACUCGGAGCACACUGUCAGUCUUCUGGAAAACUUGCCGGAGGUGGAGAGGAUGACACUUCGAAAGCUUCUUGACCAUCUCAAGUUGGUGGCGUCCCACCAGGAAGUGAACAAGAUGACAUGUCAGAACCUGGCGGUGUGUUUUGGUCCGGUGUUGCUCAGCCAGCGUCAGGAGGCAUCCUGUCACAGUAACAGAGUCUUCAUCGACUCCGAGGAACUCGCCAGUGCGCUGCACUUCAAAAAGCACAUUGAAGUAUUGCACUACUUGCUCCAGCUCUGGCCAGUUGGUGACUCUCAGGAUCCGUCCUCCUGGCCUGAAACUUCAGACUCAUUCACGGCCCCUCCCUUACGGCGGAAAAAAGAGCGUCCCCAGGUGUUGAACUUUACUGAGGCAGAAAUGGUGGGUGUUCUACGACCCAAACUGGGCCGUUUGGACAGCCCGAGCAACCGCUACGCAGGCGACUGGAGCGGCUGUGGCGAUAGCUACUUCUCCUCCGACAUUCUGCUGGUCCCUCAAAGCAAGGAGGAGGCUGACUAUGACGACGUUCCCUCAGAGGAUACGGACGAAGCUGACGAGGGGCUAAAAAAGCCUGAGGAAGCAGAAGUCACCGCGUGGGAGGAGGUCACGAGCCCUUCACAAUGUCUUGCCGAGCAGGUGCGGACUCUGAGCGUGGAUGUGGCGAAGGAGGAGGAAGAGCAGCCAGAUGGUAAUGAUGAUGAUGAUGGGGUGGUGAUGGAGGAAGCAAAGGAGGAGGUGAAAGAUUGUUCCAGCAACUGCGAGCAUUUAGAGGAAGAGCAAGAGGACAAGGAAAGUGUGUGCGAGCACAUCUUGCCUCCACGACUGCACAGGGAGCAUGCAUACCAGGCUUACAUGAAGAUCCAGGACAUCAGCCCUGUGCUGAGCAACAGGGUGAACCUGAGAGACCUUCAGGAGAGUAUUGACACUCUCAUAGGGAACCUAGAGAGAGAACUCAACAAGAACAAGCUUAAUGUUGGAUACUGA